CCCGCUGGUGCUGGGGAACCUGUGGGACGUCACGGACCGGGACCUGGACCGGCUGGCGCAGGCGCUGCUGCGGGGCUGGCUGGGGGGCGGCCCCGGGACCCCCCUGCUGGCCCAGCUGGCCCAGGCCCGCCAAGCCCCCCGCCUCAAAUCCCUCAUUGGGGCCGCCCCCGUGGCCUACGGGCUCCCGCGCGGGGGUCUCCCCAAGAGUCGCCCCCCGCCCUUGGCACCCACCCCAAUUUCAGGGACCCCCCCCCAAAAAAAGCGCGUCUCUUCCUCCUCCUCCUCCUCCCUUUGGGGCCAUUCCCAACCCUGGGGGUCGCCCCCUUUGGACCCCCUCCCCCAAAUCCCAAGCGCGGGGGUCUCCCCAAGAGAGAGGGGACCUCCUGGGGACCCCCCAAGCCUCGAAGCCCCCCACACCCCGCAGGAGGUGGAGUUCCUGUCCUCGUCCCUGGCGCAGCUCAAGGUGGUGCAGACCAAGUUCGUGGAGGCCAAGGAGUGCCUGAACGUGCUGCACAAGGGCAACGAGGGGAAGGAUCUCCUGGUGCCCCUCACCAGCUCCAUGUACGUGCCAGGCAAGCUCCAGGACGUCAGGACGGUCCUGGUGGACGUUGGCACUGGCUACUACGUGGAGAAGGUGGGCAGGGGGCUUUGGGGGGGCUGGGGACCCCCGUUUCCCCCCUCCCCCUCCUUUCACCCCCUC